AUAUCAAUUUUUCUAUUGUGCUUUCGAUUUCCAAUCCAAACGACAAACAAAGAAAUGUUGGGUGCGUCGUGCGCAAAUGCCGCGAGAAAUUGAAACUUCCGCCUAACACAUCAUUGCCAGCACCCCCAUUUGAUCCAGAAGAGGAACCUCUGUCUUGGGUUACUCCGCGUUCUUUCAAAUUCUGGAAAAAUCAAUUCUUUUCACCAUUAGAGAAGCUCAGCUGGUUUUUCGUUCAAAAACUUCCUUACCCUUCCCUCCCAUUUCUGUUUCUUAGAUUCAACCUUUGUUGUUCCCUUCUCUCACGUGUAUGCACGUUGUUUCGUUGAAGCAAGAUAAAAAAAAUUCGACCCCAAAAGGGGAUGUUUCUGGUUUCUUGGAUCAUUCUUUGAAUUGGGUUUUGAUUUUUUAGAGGUGGGGUUGUUUGUUUUUCUUUCAUGGCUUCUCUGGUGAAGGAAUAAGUGCGGGUUGUUCCGUUUGUCCUUGGUUUUGGGUAUAGGAUUCUCCGAGUUGGGUGGAUCGUUCACCGGACUCGGUAUGGCCACGCCGAAGAAACCCAAAAGACUUUACCAAGUUUGGAGGGGAAGUAAUAGAUUUUUCUGUGGUGGGAGAUUGAUAUUUGGUCCCGACGUAUCAUCUCUGUUUCUCUCCAUAUGUCUUAUUGCUGUCCCUGCUGUUGCCUUCUGCAUAAAGAUAGUUUUGAAGAUUCAUGACGAGAAACCUCCUGGGAACACUCGCUGGUUUCCUGUAUUAUUUGGUGGUCUCAGUCUCACUAUUCUGGAAAUCACAUGCCAAGUAAACUAUGUGCAGGAUUUGAUGUUUCUCUUAUUGACUUCCAGUAGAGAUCCUGGAAUACUGCCACGAAAUUCAAGGCCUCUUGAGUCAGAUGAAUCAGACGACAUGGCUACACCAUCCAUGGAAUGGAUCAAUGGAAGAACCCCACAUCUGAAAAUUCCUCGGACCAAAGAUGUGACUGUAAAUGGUCACAUAGUAAAAGUCAAAUACUGUGACACUUGUCUGUUUUAUCGGCCUCCUCGUGCAUCUCAUUGUUCCAUAUGCAACAAUUGUGUUCAGAGAUUUGAUCAUCACUGUCCAUGGGUUGGGCAGUGCAUUGGAAUUCGUAAUUAUCGAUUCUUCUUCUUGUUCAUUACAACCUCAACUAUCCUGUGUGUAUAUGUGCUGUCGUUUUCGUUGUCUAUUCUUAUUCAUCAUCAAGAAACCUUUUUCAAGGCUGUAUCCAAAGAUAUCCUUUCAGAUAUUCUAGUAGUGUAUUGCUUCAUCGCCUUUUGGUUUGUUGGUGGCCUCUCCAUAUUCCAUUCUUAUCUUGUAUGUACAAACCAGACUACCUAUGAAAAUUUCCGAUAUCGUUACGACAAGAAGGAGAAUCCAUAUAACAGGGGAAUGAUAAAGAAUCUUAGAGAAGUAUUUUUCUCCAAGAUACCACCUUCAUCAAAUAAGUUCCGAACUAUUGUCGAGGACGAUCACAUGAUGGUGGCUGUUACUCCUAAUCUUGAAGAAGGCGUUCUUAGCUCCAAGGAGAAAAUUGAUUUUGAAAGGGGAACUAGAUUUAUGGAGGAUGAGGCCUUCCCAAUCCCUGAGAUAUUGAGGAGGUUGGAAUAUGAUGAUGAUCUGGAUGAUGAUUUGAAGACUGUAGAAGGAGAAAGACCUCAUGUUGAUCCACUAUUUCCUCUGGACCAAGAAGUAGAGGAAUUUGCAAAACACGCCAGUGAUCGAAUACUUGACCCUCAGCUAGUAUUAGCUAUGGAAGAUAGUGAUGCAGUAGCCGUAGAAAAUUUCACCCUUAAUGGGGUGAACACAGAUGAGACCAAGGAUGCACACGACUCAUCUCAAGUUAAAGCUUCAAAGUUUUAGGUGCAAAGAUUACAUUUCUAUGGAGGCAGGGGAGAAGCAGCAAUGCAUCUACAAAAUGCUUGCUGUUUUUUUCAUCAGAAGCAGUGAAAAGUGACUUAAGAAAGAUUGUGUUGUACAUUAGAUAACCACAGGUGUAGAGGUUUAAUGAAAUGUUGUUGAUGAUGAAGAAGCACAUGAUCAAAAGCUUUAUUGUUAUGUGGUGGAUGAGGAAUUUUCUGUUUCUAAAGUGUUGGUUACUUUGCGUUUUCAUGUAUCUAAGGUGCUUUAAAAUAAAGCUCAAAUUUCACAUGCCAAAAUUAGUUUUCUUGAGACAUUGAUUCAUUUGUUCUGCAUUUUUUUUCCUUUUCUUUACAACUUUUUUCUUGUUAGCUAAAUAUGUUUGGUUCUAUAAGAAACUUUUGAUGUAAGGAAAGAAAAUUGGUUGAUUGUUUAA